CUGGUUUCCGUUGUAAACUGGUUCCCUGUAAAGAUGUAAACGAAAGUACAAAAAAUACAAAACGUAAAAUACUUAACAGUCCACCGAUCCUCUCCGGCGAUCCACCACACCUACACAAGGACAUUGACUAGAAGACAUGGAUGGUGCAGCGUUCUGUUACUGGAUACCAUACUGCAGACGGACACCUACCGUCACUUCUUGUUCAUCUCUGGGGCUAGAUUGUGGAACCAGCUAUCAAAGCACAUCACAGUUCUACAGACCCCAGAGUCAUUCAGGGAAUGACUGGCCAGCCUCCAAUUCAAACAUUCAGCUUUCCUGACUAAUGAAGAUUAUUUAAACUGGACCACCAAAAUGACAGACAGCUUUCAGAAUAUUUGCUGGGAGAUUGCACUUGGCUUCCGUGAUGCAGUCAUGGGGUCCUUCAAGAUCUUCCACCUUGACAAAGAGGAGGAAACUAAGGUCACAGAGCCUGUGGAACAAAAAACUAUAUUAGCACAACGGCGGGAGUUGAAGCAAAAAAAAGUUCAUCAUGAGGAAAAGAAGUCCAGUGAACCAAAAGUGAUGCACAGAAUCAUCCAGUGCUGUGCUUGGAAUGGUGGAGUUUUCUGGUUGAGCAUCUUGAUUUUCAACUACCUGCUGCUGCCAAUGCUGAAAGGGAUGACUACCCUCCUCACAGGGUCUGAGACGGGGCCAGUUUGGUCCUGGAUGGGCCCAAUGUUGACCUGGACAUUCAGUGCCCUCUGGAUCCUGCCCUUGUUUGUACUAAGCAAGAUUGUCAACUGCUUUUGGUUUGCUGAUAUAGCUGACUGUGCCUACAGGAAGUCUAGGGGCAGGCCCCAGCUGCCCAACAUCAGCAUGUUCAUAGCCGACAUGUUGUUUAGUCUCCUGCUCCAGACGUUCUUCUUGUUACAGGGAACCCUUGCAAGUUUUCUGCCCUUGCCCACUGUGUCUCAGCUGAUCAGUGUGUUGCACAUGAGUCUCCUGUACUCUCUCUACUCCUUUGAGUACAAGUGGGUCAACAUGGGCUGGGAGUUACACCAGAGACUUGAUCAUAUUGAGAAGGGCUGGCCAUAUUAUUUUGGGUUUGGGUUGCCCAUGGCUGUGCUGACUGCGCUUCCCUCCUCUCUGGUUGUCAGUGGCUGUGUGUUCUCCAUACUGUUUCCAGUGUUCAUAAUUAGCGCCAAUGAGGCUUUGACACUUCAUCCAAAUCAUUAUCCAUUGAAGCUAUUCGCCCCAUGUGUGGCAUUAACAAACGCAAUAUUUCAUCAUUCCAUCAUGAAGCGCCAGCCCGUGGCGCAGGCAUCACCAAAGAAGCAUGCAAGAAUACAAGAACCCUCUAGACACAGAUGACAUCAGCGCGAAUAAUAAUGAACUAACUUAUACUUAUAGCAGCUUUAUUGAAAUACCAUAUUAAGUGUAUUUUUUUGAAAAUCUUUAGUAGCUUAAUACAAUGCAUAUAUGUAUGCGUGUAAUCAACUGUGCCAUUGUAUAUCUGUCACAAAUAUUUUCUAUUUUUUGUGUUAAGUGGCAUUUAGAUGGGGUGUCCAUGUUCUUAAGUGACAAUGUACAUCUAUUAUUAAUAUUUUUAUUAUUGUGGAAAAACAUUUAUCGUUUAUAUUAUCAGAACUUAUUGUACUCGUAGUAAAAUUAGACGGAUCUGUUUUAGUUGCAAAUGAAUGAAAAUGUGAAGACUGUUAGUAUUAAUAACAAAUAUUUAUUGUGCAAUGUGAAAUCAAUUGAGCAUUAUGUACUUAUUAUUGUGCUACUUUGUUGAAUCAACCAAAAUAACUUUAUUAGACAAAAGCUGUUUUGGUAUGGAAUCAUCUUUUGAUUUUGGUUCAGUUUAAUAGUUAUUACAAAUUCUGGUGUCUUUUACUGGAGACCGUUUCAAUAAACACUUGUAAGUUAGUAACGAUUUUUAAACCUGCUGCAUCGAUUCAAGUUUAAAGCAUCGAAACUGGGUACUAAGUAGAAACUCACUUACGAGGGCUUAUUUGAAACUGGCUACUAAGUGGUAACUCACAAGGGCUUAUUUGAACUGGCUACUUGGUGGUUACUCACGAACGAGGGCUUAUUUGAAACUGGCUACUAAGUGAAAACUCACAAGGGCUUAUUUGAAACUGGCUAUUAAGUGGUUUCUUACUUACGAGGGCUUAUUUGAAUGGUACGUUAUAAGCUUCUGCUGCAAAAAUAACAUUACAUGUAUGACCAAGAAUGUAAAGAAUAAAACAGCCUUGAUUUACAGUUCACAAUUAUGUUCUUUGUGCCUUAUCAUAAAUCGAUUUAGAUGCAAACUUGGUAUGAUGUUUAUUUUAUGUGUUGUUAUAUCAAAUGUUUCCAUUAUGUUCAGUCAAACCAUGAGAUGUAUGUGGAAUGUUUUGUGAAUCGCAUAUUUAAGAGCUGUACAUUAAUUUAUUGAAUCUAAUUAUAUACUUAAGAAAAAACA